AUGAGAAAUCAUUCCUCUAUCACAACGUUCAUCAUACUGGGAUUGACAAAUGACCCACAACUAGAGAUUGUGGUUUUCAUCUUUCUGUUUCUCACAUAUUUGUUUAGUGUACUUGGGAAUCUGACCAUAAUAGUUCUCACCUUGGUGGAUCCUCAUUUAAAAACAGCUAUGUAUUUUUUUCUUCAAAAUUUCUCUUUCUUGGAACUCUCACUCACUACUUCCUGUAUCCCCAAAUACCUACACUCCAUUUUAAGUGGUGACAAGACCAUCCCUGUCAGUGCCUGCUACAUUCAGAUCUUUUGUAUUGACGUCGUUGGAGCUACAGAUUUUUUCCUCUUGGCUGUAAUGUCCUAUGAUCGCUAUGUGGCCAUCUGCAAACCCCUGCAUUAUGUGACCAUCAUGAAUCGGAGAGUCUGUAGGAAUCUCAUCAUUUGUUGUUGGGUAUGUGCCUUGUUGGCUAUUUCCCCACCUCUAGGCAUUGGUCUGCUUCUGGAAUUCUGUAGUUCUGUUGUUAAUCAUUAUUACUGUGAUGCUUCUCCAGUUCUGAAGAAUUCUUGUUCAGAUACUUUGUUCUUAGAGCAAUUGAUUGUUGCCUGUGCUGUGCUGAUUUUCAUCACGACCCUUUUGUGUGUGGCUGUAUCCUACAUCAGCAUCAUCAGGAUGAUUCUCAGACUGCCUUCUGCUCAGCAAAAGAAGAAAGCUUUCUCCACCUGUUCUUCUCACAUGAUUGUGGUUUCCAUCAGUUACAGCAGUGUCAUUUUUAUGUAUAUCAAACCUUCAGCUAAGGAUGAUGUGGCCAUAAAUAAAGUAGUUUCUCUUCUCACUGUAUCUGUUGCCCCCUUGUUGAAUCCCUUCAUUUACACCCUGAGAAAUAAACAAGUCAAACAGUCUUUCCAUGAUACUCUCAAAAGAUUUGCAUCUCUUUUAAAAAACCACUAG